AUGCCUGCGAGGUGGCUGUGGAGGUUGGUGGCUCCGCGCCUGUCUCCCCGCGAGGCGCUCAAUCGCGACUCUUCUACCGCCGAGGGGCGGGAGGGGGAAGCACGUGAGGGACGGGAGAGACCUCAUGUGUCGUUCGCUACCAAUGCGACUGUUUUCACGGACGGCCCACGGCAACAGCAGAAGCAGAAGCAGCAGCUACAGCAGAAGCAGCAGCAACAGCAGCAGCAGCAGCAACAGCAGCAGCAGAACCAAGACUAUAGCAACUCACGUGAUCGACAGACAGCCGUUGAUUGCAGCACCAUGAGCGGCGGAUUUCACGGCGUAGAUAGCUUUGAAUCGAGCCUUGCGUCAUGCACGCCCUCUCGCCUCGAUGUCUCCGAUAAUCCCAUCGCGAGGUCGCGCGCGGCUGCUGAUUCGCCCAACGAGCCGCCCUCACUGUCCCAUUGGCGGGGAUUAGAGGGCGGCGCCCAGUUCACUUGGAGGCUCGAGAGCGUGGGGGAAAGCGUGGAUUUGCGGAAAGUGCGGGAGAGGCGGCGCCAAAGGAAGGAGCAGCGCGCGCUUCGAGAAACGGCGGCGGCGGCGACCUCGAAUUCAUUGGGGCGGACAAAGUCGACUGGGAGUAGUAGCCCGGAUAAUCUGGCGGUUUUCCCGGGCGCUGCUGACUCGGAAUCACCAGCCGCGACGCCGCGAGGGCCGAGGCAGCGAAGCUUAACGACGUCCGCGGUAGGAGACGUCAUGAGAUUAGGUAGCGGAAUUUUACGCGGGGAGGCGCGCGGCGAUAGGGGGACGACGAAGGCGCACGCGGAGCGCGAGUCGGGGCGCGAUGUCCGCCGGCCGCCCAGCCCCGGGUGGGGAAGGCGGACGGUUGGUUGGGGGACGGGGAAGGACGCGGGGGAGAGCAAGGGGGGGAGCUGCAAGGAACGAGGGGUCAUGCGCACGGUUAGCGGGAAAGGCGACGGGAAAGUAGUAGGCGAGGGGAAAUCCGUAGGCGCGGAAGCGGAAGAGAUCAAGAGCGUGGGUAGGUGGAUGCGCGCGCGCGUUCCCAAGGCAAGAGAUGCGGGAUCCGCGGGGAAAGGGGGGGGAGCGGACGGCGCAGCGCAAGGGAGAGCUCUUGCCCCUGUCACAAGUCCACCCAGCAUUGCUGCUCGAGCUGGUAACCCUGUUACAGCCCAUGCUGGAAACCCUGUGUUUGGCCGCAGUGGUAACCCGGUUACCACCACCACUGGGCGUGUGAUCACCGGUCGCAGCAACGUGACAGGAAGACCAUCUAUUUCCGGGCGGCCGUCUAUUUCCGGGCGGCCGUCUAUUUCCGGGCGGCCAUGUGAGGGGUUCAGUGUGCGGCCCAGACGUAGGUGCAGCAUGGUGUGGGCGGCAGGGGGAGCAGGAGGAGGGGCGGGAGGAGGGGGUGGAGGAGGUGGGAGGGGAGGAGGAGCGGGAGGAGGAGGAGGGGGAGGAGGCACAGGGCUGAGGAGCUAUCUGCUGGACCCUAGGCAGCACCAGCAAUACCAGCUGCACGUGCAGCGGCAGCUGAGCGGCUCGGUGCAAAGCGGUGGAGAGCGGUGGAUGGGCCGAGAAAUGGGCAGGGACGAGGAGGAGGAGGGAGGAGGAGCGCAAGGAGCAACCAUGCUGAGUCAUGCCAGGCUGGGCCUGGCACGUGAUGAGUCACGCAUGGGAUCGCUGACGCCGAGCGACAGGUCAGCGCUCGACGAGUCGGUGUUUGUCGGCAGUAUUGGCCACCUGGCAACUUUGGGCGGCGCACUGGCAGCAGAAUUUGUUGAUGGAGCCCCUUCCCCUGCUGACGUGGCACAUUCUUCUGCCUUACCCAUUGCAUUAGGCACCCCCGCUGCCGAUGCUGCUGCCGCCACCGCCGCUGCUGCUGUACCGAACGAACCUCCGAAGUAUUUCCCCGGACCUGUCUCCAAACCUGCCCACCAGGGAGCUUCGGCCCCUGCAGUCAAACUUGCCGAACCUGCUCAACCAUUUCCGUGUACAGUCUCAGGUGAUUAUAGCGAGCUGGGUGCGCCUGUAAAGAGGACAAGCAGCAGGGCAGACCAGUUAAGGAAGGAGGUUGCGGAGUGGAAUGGGGAGUGGGAGGAUGCAGCAGGGGGGGUGUCACUGGUGUCGGUGAUAUGCGGGGGCUUGCUGUUUGCAAUCGCCCUGGUGACGUGCUGCCUGUGGGCCAUGUGGGAGGUGGCAGAGCGAAUGGAGGCUCAGGCGGCCAGGUAUCUCACGGAGCUGGCUGCUGCCAGGGCGACUCAGGAGGGGGCAGUGCGGGCGAAGAAGGAGUUUCUCGGAUGUAUAUCUCACGAGAUUCGGACUCCGAUCAACGGGAUUAUAGGCAUGCUGCAGCUAUUAGUGGAAGAGUGCGAGCUGGAUCAGGACCAAAGGGAUGCCAUCGACACUGCGCUGCUCUCCUGCUGGACGCUCACGGACUGGCUGGCAAAGUUUGUCUAUUCUGAGGCCCACGUCAGCAGUCCUGGUGGUGACGCCAGCAAGGGUGGUGUUCCUGUUUCUCGCUCGGGCAGCGGCGGCAAAAGUUUCCUCCUGUUCCCCGCUGCUGUGAGGGUUUCGGGCAGGAUCAGCCGGACGUUUUCGGGCAGACGAGAGGAUCUCGGGCGGAGAGCAGUGGAGAGAGAGAAAGGGAGGCUAGUUGAAGGAGGCAAGGAGAGGGAGAGGGAGAAGGAAAAGGAGAAGGAAGGGGAGAAGGAAAGGGAGAAGGUGAAGGGAGGAGAAGUGGUGAAGGAAGGGGAGAGGGAGGUGUUGAGUGCAGUGAACGUGGACAGCCACCAGGCAAGCGGUCCAGGUGCAAUGAAUGUGGACAGCCAUCAUAAUGAAUCAAGCCUUCUUGGACCCUCUUCCUCCCCCGCCACCUCCUCCUCCUCCCCCUCCUCCCUUUCCCUCUCCUCUUCCUCGUUUGCUCCCUCCCGCCCCUCACAGAACCCCUCAGUCCUCGUCCCACCCUUUCCUCAAAGCUUCCCAGCUCUUACAACCUCCCCCACCCCUUCGCCUCCUCUCCUAUCGCACAACCGCCCCCUCCCAUUGCUGGUUGGUGCUGCUAGGAGCACGUCUGAGAGCUCUGAAGAGGCAUGGCCGGCUCAGGAGGGACAGAGGCAGCUGGACGGGGUGAGGCAACAUGAGCAAGAGAAGCAUAAGGGGCAAGCGAAGCACAAGGGAUUGAGGGAGCAGGUCAUUCCGAGCCAGUUCUCAGGUUCGGUGGGCGCUAUUCCAAGCCUCUCACGGCCGUUCAUCAAGCCUUUGGUCAGUCCGAUGCUAGACCGGAGGCACGGGGCAAGAGGAGAGGCGAGAACCCCAGAAGCUAGGUUCGGAAUCGGCCUGGGAGGUGCGGAGGUGGCAGCUUCGGCAGCAGCACCUGCAGCACCGGCCGUGGCAGCCUUAUCAGAAGAGAGUGAAGCAUUUAAAGAAUCGGAUGCAGCUUCAGGUGGAGCGGGAGGGGCAGCGGGAGCAUCAGGAGCAUCGGUAUUACCCAGGCUUCCGUCUCCGGUUCGGCAGAGUGUGGAGCACCAGUCUGGUAACCAGUCUCCUCAUAAUCUGGCGUGGCACAGUGGUGCUGGUAACCGGCCUAGUAACCAGCAACCCCCAGCUGUGGGGUGUGUGAGUGACGGCGAGGGGCCUGCGGUUAUGCCAGUGGUGCUGGUGGGUAUGUCAGCGGUGACGGUGGGUAUAUCAGUGGUGACGGUGGGUACACCAGUGGUAGCUCCGCUGGUGGCAGGGGUGGGGUUGGAGGAAGGAAUGGGGCAGGUGUCAGGGGUGGGGCUAGAAGCAGGGACAUUGCUGGAAGCAGCAGCAGCAGCAGCAGCCAGCGUUCUGGGGGUGGUAAGUUGGGCCGAAUGGGAAAGUACCGGGACUGUGAUUAAAGCGAGGGUUCCUAUAGGUGACAGCAGCGGUAUUGGUAUGACUACGGCUGCUACAGAUGAGAGCAGUGGUAGCGGGGCUGUGAGUAUAACGAGGGCUGCUACAGGCAAUAGUAGCGGUAGCAGGGCCAUCAGUAAAGGGACACAGAGUUGGAAGGAGAGGAGGAGAACUGAGAGGGAGGGUUACCCUUCUGUUUCUCACCUGGGCACGCCUGAUGCUGCUGGUGGCAGCAGGGAGGUGUGUGUGAGGGAAGGUACAAUUGGGGAAGGUGUAGCUGGGGAGGGUGCAGUUGGGGAAGACUUAUGGGUUGGAGGAGAGGUGGUGUCUGGGAGUGGGCUGGCUGCUACCCCUUCCUCCUGGUCUUCUGAAAUGGACUUGCUGAUUGGUGGCAGGUGGGGGGCGGAUGGUGGGAGAGGAGAGGGGAGUGGAAUUGCGUUAAGAGGGGAGGGGAAUGAAGGAGGAGGUAACAAUGUGAAGGGUGGGCGAGAGGAGAGAGAGGAUGGGGAAGAGGAAAAGGGAGAGGAUGCAGAACGGGGUGAGGAGGUGGAGAUUAGACGAGCUAAGACUCUGGAAGCUGAUUGGUCAGGGAAACCAGGUGGGAGGAGAGGAGUUACGUUUGCAGAAGCAGAUGAAGAGGAGCGAUUAGGGGAGGAGGGGGGAGGAAGGGUGAGGGAGCGGAGAUUGGGAAGCAGGGCACGGUUCCCAGACAUGGUGGAGGUGGGUACAGAGGGGUACACGAGGGGUACGGAUGGGUACACGAGGGGUAUGGAUGGGUACGUGAGCAGUCCGGGCAGCACAGCCAGCACGAGCAGCGGCAGGAGCCAGGCGCGGUCACACGCGUCCCCAUCCCCAUCUAGUAGCUGCAUCCCUGCUGCUUCCACUGCUGCUUCCACUGCUGCUGCUGCCAUUGCUACUUCCACUUCCCCGCCCUCUUCGCCCUCCUCCUCCGCCUUCUCUUCUGCGUUUGUCCCACCUUCCACUCUCACAGCUGCAGAGGCUGCACCUGCACCAUCUGAAAGGGACCUUCUCGCUGCUCGCUCACCUGAAUCCAAGCACUCUGCUGCCCUCCCUGCUUCCUUCGCCUCCUCCCCUGUCGCCUCCCCGGCCGCCUCGUCCUCUGCUCGCGUCUCUCUUCCCAUGGUGGGGUCAAGGGAACUAGCAGCAUCUGCUGUUCCUGCUACAGAUGCUUCAGCUGGAGACGCAGCAGGAGAGGCCACAGUGGCCGAGUUUGUAGCAGCUGGGGUUGUAGCAUCAGGGGCUGUAGCAUCAAGGGCUGUAGCACUGCCAGCAGCGCUGUCCUUGACUGACCUGGAGGCAAAUCAAGCAGGGCGGGUGGACGAGUCGAGCCAGUCCCCUGCACCGCCGCUCUCCCCAAGGUCCCUCACAGCAAGACUGAGAGGGCGGCGGGUGCUGGUGGUGGACGACAAUGCAGUGAACCGCAAGGUUGUGCUGGCGGAGUCGAGCGAAGCACCCGCACCUGACCCUCCUCUCUCCCCAAGGUCCCUCACGGAGCGAUUGAGAGGGCGGCGGGUGUUAGUGGUGGAUGAUAACGCGGUGAACCGCAAGGUGGUGCUGGCGGACCCGAGCCAAGCAGGGCAGCUGGACGAGCCGAGCGAAGCACCUGUCCCACCUGACCCUCCACUCUCCCCAAGGUCCCUCGCAGCAAGGCUGAGAGGGCGACGAGUGCUAGUGGUGGAUGAUAAUGCAGUGAACCGCAAGGUGGUGCUGGCGAAGCUGCGGCCGUAUGGCAUGGUGGGCGUGCAGGCAGAGAACGGCUGCGUUGCAGUGGAGCGGUUUAUAGAGGGGAUGAAAGGGAGUGGAGAUGGAGGUGUGGUGGGUGGUGGUGGGAGUGUUGAAGCGGGUGAGGGAGGUGGAGGGGAGGGGUUUGUGUGCGUUUUCAUGGACCUUCAGAUGCCUGUGAUGGAUGGCUACGAUGCAACCAUCGAGAUCCGACGGCUGGAGGAGCAGAUGGCAGAAGACGCGGCGACUCGCGCGUCUCCCAGUCGGAAUGAGGAAGCUACUAGCUUGAGCCGCAACUUCUCCCACCCGGACGUCGUCAUAUGGGCCAAGGGACCGCUUCACAAGCGGCUGGAGGCAGUGUGUGCGGGGUACGCGCUGCACCACCUCCUGUCGUCCAAGCUGGCUCCGGCCGGAGUCCCAGAUACUCUCUGGGACUAUACCAGCGCUGCGUCUUCCCAGCAGCGGCAACCGCGGCCACCGCAGCAUCAGCGGCCGUUGCGGCUGGCCGUGCUAUGGCUGCCGGAUCGAGCCAUGCCACACGCCACGCUCAGCCACGUGCUGGGCCCUCUGCCUCCCCCGAGCGCGCUCAAAGCCGCGCAAAGCGGAGGCCACUGGCAGCAGGGCGAGUUUCAGGCGCAGGAGUCGCCGUCGUUCCCGGCAUAUGAUCAUGCUUCUGAUGAGCCGGUCGUCGUGCUGCAUCGCCGGCCGAGUUGGCUCAACUCGCCGCUCUACACCUAUGGGACCCUCAAUUCGGAAAUUCCCCAGCCGAUAUCUCAAGAUCAGCUGCAGCAGCAACAGGAAAAACAGGCUGGCACGUUCAACCCCUCCUCCUCCCAACCCCUUCCCUCCGCCCAUCCCUCUCGCAGCCUGCAAGUCGAAUUCUUCCUCUCCUCCUCCCUCCCCCACAUAGCUGCCUCUAUCAGCAACCUUGCUGACGUGGACGGCUCCUCCCAGCUCCACACCUCCAUCCAACGCUGCUACAGCCUGCUUCAGCCGUCCACGGCCGUGCAGGAGCUCAUAGCCAACGAGAACCUGACACGUGUCCAGCAGCGCACAGCUGUCUACAUCGAACCUGUAGCGCUCUACCCUCUAAACCCCCUCUGCGCUAGCUGCGACCCUCCUCACCACACAGUCAACUGCACCACCCGCCGCCUCAUGUGGUUUUUUCUCGGGCAGCCCGAAGGCGACGCUACAGUGGCGGGUUUCUGGGCGGCGCAAGCGCUGGCCGUGGCGCGCACCUUCCACCCCUCCCGCCAGCCGCACCUCCUCCGCGCCACCCUGCGCCGCUCCGCCCUCUGCCGCCCCAACCCCGCGUGGGGGGAGGCGCUCCCCCCGCCCAUCCCCCCCGCGGAACCCACUCCGCAGGAGAUUGAAGCGCGGGAGGCGCUGAGGGUGAGUUCUGGCUGGUUUGGCUGGUGGGUGGGGAGAGGAAGGGACGGAGGCGGAACGGGAGGGGAACGAGGCGACGGGGGAGCUAAGUUUGGUAGCAGCGGGAGUGGCAGGAGUGAAGGGAGUGAGGGCUUCACGGAGCAGGGGGCACGGGGAGUGGGCGCAUGGAUAGAGUGCGCGCAGCUGGAAGCAGCGGAGCUAUUCACUCUGUCAUCCGCCCGGGGGCUCAUUCACCUGCAGCACUCCCCCCAGGCGGACCUCAUCCGCGCACAAGCCUCCGCCAGGGGCAGAACGCUCCUCGUGCGCGACGUGCUGGUCGCCCCGGAGAGCGUUCCGCGCGGAGUGACUCCUGUGCCAGUGGCUGUGGGGGGGGGUAGAGGCGGGGAUGCGGGGGAGGGGAGUGGGGAGGGGAGCGCGAGGGGUGGAGUGUUUCAGGUGGAGCGCGGACUGUGCCAUGCGCCGUUCAUCGUGCCGAUUCACAAGCACCGCAUUGGGAAGCUACUGAACGUGGAUGAAUUGGAGGAGUUAUCGAAUGAGGCUGAUAAGAGCGAGGACACGGAUGAUACGGGAGCAAGUGUGGAGGCAGCAAAGAAGCAGGAAGAGGAGAUAGUCACCAUGGAGGCAGCAGCAGUGAAUGGUGGAGAUGUAGAUGGUGUCAACACUUUUGCAGCAGCGAUCGUGGUUGAAGAUGAAGCAGUAAAUGCGAAGUGUGUGGGAGUCGCUGUGAAAGGGGACAUCAUGGUGAAAGGAUCAAAGGCGAAUGCAACUGCAAAGGGGCGAGUGCUUACAAAGGAGGAACACGUUGAGGGGUAUGAGACCCGAGAGGUGUUGAGUGUUGAGAUGCCGAGGAGAAGCGAGAGGCUCAAGAAAAUGUUUCAUGGAUUGGAUGUCAAGGCGCUCAACUUCAAGACACGCACAGUGGGCGUGCCCUACUACACAGUGGGCUUGGUGUACUGUGCGCUACCGAAGGUGGGGUGUACGGGCUGGAAGCUCAGAUAUCGGGGGAACGAGGGAGAUAUUUUCGCUGGAGGGGCAGCAAAGGAGGAAGGUGCAGUAGCACAAUCAGCAGAAGCAGCACAAGGGGGUAGCUGGACGAGGAACAGUUGGUGGGGAGUGUGGAAGCACAGGUUUCAGAUGGAGAUGGGGCGUCUGCUGUCGUUUGAGGAGUUUGUGCGACUGCUGGGGGAUGCCUGGGACGAGGACAGGCGCUGGUUCCUGGACGAGCACAUCGCCCCCCAGAACAUCCUGUGUGGGCUGGACCGCAUACGCUACGACUACGUGGGGCGCUUUGAGAGCAUGGACGCGGACGUGAAAGCCCUCAUGCACCGCUUUGGGAGGGACGCCGGCGACGCCUUUGACUUCGGGAAGAAGAUCCACCCCACCAAGUCCAGAGAUCAGCUGCAGCAGAUGUUCACCAAUAAGGUGAGUGCUGCCGCAGUGUUCUCUGAGAAAAGUGUGCCUGUUGCUGUGCUAGAUCCCUUUGGGAGCGACCACGGCCACGCCUUUGACUUUGGGAAGAAGAUCCACCCCACCAAGUCCCGCGAGCAGAUGCAGCAGAUGUUCACCAGCAAGGAGACGUACGACAUUGUGAGGCGAGUGUACGGCAUGGACAUGCAUGCGCCCUUCAACAACAUCUCCUAUGAUCCCCCCGAGGAGCUCCGGAGAAUCUACGAAGUGGGGGCUGCUGGGCAGGCGGGCAGCUGA